GACGUAGAACGCGGAGGCUGAAACGUCGCGUCCGCGUCAAAACCGUGGUCGGAGGUUUGACAGAGGUCAGUGUACUCGACGAGCCGUUCGGUCGCUCGAUCGUUCGAUUCCCUGUCGCGAUAUAGGGAAGCUGUCUCGUGGAAUCACAGUUUCGAUUUCUACCUACUUACCUCGAAACGUUUCGCAGUCGUAUUCGACGUUGCCCUCACCAAUUAUUACCGGACCCGCUCGACGUUCCCGAACCGAGACGCUUCUUUGGCACCGGAUCAGGUUAUAGAGAACGAACUACCAUCCCCAUGCUUGCUCGCAGUGCCUUUCCUGGGACCACUUUAGAAAGUUCGUGCGAAUGGGUUCACGUUCAUCGAAGGCGUAGCGAGGCAGCACGGUUGACGUCGUCCGUGGUCGUGUCGACGGAAGCUCUGGAGGAUGGGUUCCCGAAGGAGCGGUUCCGGCGGGAACCGGGCGAACGCCGGCGUUCUGAAGGACCGGGCGAACAUGUCGUUCAUGCUGGUGGUCAUGUUCUUCGUCGUGUUCGGGCUGAUCGUCCUCACGGAGAUAUUCCUGAUCGACGAGAGGCACGACGCGGGCGGAGGUGGCACCGGGGCCCUGGGAGGUCACAGAAGCGGACAUCGUUCGCUAGCUGCGCAGGAUCGUCCAGAUUACGGGGAUAUCGGAUCGCUGGCAAAUAUUGAUCCGUUGGAUGGGGGGCGGCGGCGGGUUAGUCGGACCCCUGUCCCACUGCGAGAAAAAUCGGGGAAACACAGGAUUCGUCCUUGUUUGGACAUCGAUCACGCUGGCUCGACGAGCUCUUCGAGCCUACGUAGUACGCGUUUGUACACACAGAUGAAACGGGCGGAAGAUUAUAUCGGAUCGAAGGGUAGCUUCGACGAUCAUAUCGGGUUAUUGAUGCGCGGGGACAACAGUGGACAGAAGGUGGUGAUACAGCCGGACCCGAGAGGUUUACCGAGCUUACCGCCCGACAUGGAAGCUCGGUUGCCGCGACUGGAUCAGACGCUCAGGAUCACCGACGCCGAAUGGUUGCCGGUCACGAAGACCAGAUUCAAAUUCUUUGUGUACUCAGCGUACUUCGACGACAGGGUUGGCGGCGUGGCCGCGCCGACAGGCAAAAAUCAGGGCGUGGUGCGCAUAAUAAGCGCUACAAAGACCAGGGGACCGGAGCGCGUUUGGUGUCGUCUUUGGUAUCGACCAGAGAACGGAGGGAACUCGACCAUCUCCGUGACAGUAGCCGCUAAAGUGAAGGUGAUCAGAGAGAAUUGGAAUCUGAAGUACAGCGCCUGCUUUGUGAUUUGCCCGCUGCCCAAAAAGUCGCCCACCGCCGACAGAAUACCGGAAACGGUGAGCGUCGUCGCCAGGCUCAAAGCGAACCCGACGAAUCGCAUCCUCGUCCUGAAUCGACCGGAGACGAGGAACAACGAGAGAGUGACGUUGGCCGUUUGCGUGAAACCCCUGCAUUACGACUAUAACAGGGUGCUACAGUUGAUAGAGUUCAUCGAGCUGCACAGGCUGUUGGGCGUUAGCCACUUGACUUUGUACAACGACACGGUCGGCCCGGAGGCCGGAUGCGCUCUGAAGUACUACGAGGCCAAGGGCAUCGUCACCCUGUUACCUUGGCAUCAUUUGGACAUGAUCUCGCAGCGCGAGAUUCGCACCGAGGCGUUGUUCGCCGCUCUCAACGAUUGCCUUUAUCGAUCGAUGUACAAAUUCGAGUACGUCGCGUUGGUGGACCUCGACGAGUUCAUUGUACCGAGGCACAAUGACACGAUCAUCGAUCUCAUCAGGUGGAUGGGCAGUCGCAUAAAUACCAAGUCCACCGGAGCGUAUUCGUUUCAAAACGCGUUCUUCUACCUACAAUGGGCGGACGACCCGUUCGUGGUGACGAGUCGCACGCCGGUAGAAGCUGGUCUGAUCACCCUGAGGAAGACCAGGCGCAGGACGAAACUGCACCCGCACAAGCAACGCUCCAAGUACGUUUGCAAGCCCCUGGACGUCGUCGAAGCUGGCAACCACUUCGUCUGGGAGUUCAUACCCGGCCACGGGGUACUGAACGUGCCCUCGGACGCCGCGAUCCUGCACCACUACCGCGUGUGCGAGUUCGGCGGCGACGAUUGUGUAAAGACUCAGUCGGUGGUCGAUAGGACGGCCUACAAGUACAAGGAAAGGCUGGCCGAGAACGUCGGCAGCACGUGGUCAGACCUGAGCGUCGAUUGUACGUUGCCGAAGCUGGAGCCGGUGCCGGUGAUGACGCCGCAAUCCAAUCCUGGCCCGCUGAAAUCGGUCAGGUAGCAAAAGACCAUCGUCGACGUCCUUUGGGACGUCGGGAAUUUCACUGGCACGCCGAAGGUGGCCAGAACCUAUUUCUACAACUACGGCGACCCGUAGUCGUCCUUGUUUCAGACUGCUCCGGAACCGCGACUCUUCCGGCGAGACUCGUGAUUAUUCGUACACCGUGACACACACACACACACACACACACAUAUACACACGUUUUUCUCUAUCUUUUGCGAUCGAAUCGAACUCGAUCGAAUCAGGUCGGGAGAGGAAGAGUGGCCGGUGCCCCGCCUCGUCUGUCGACGGAGCGAACGGUGCUAGCACGCGUGGGGACGAGAAGGCGCGACUCGUUGAGAACCUGACGAAUAUGAUAUUUUUCUACGGGUGUGAAGAGGACACGCGAGAUCGGUCGGGAAAGCGAACCUCCUGGCCGAUCCUGCCUGCAUCCCUUGCGCUAUGGUGCUCUUUUCAACGGUUUUAUACAGUAUCGUAUUUACGUACGAGUUUCUUUUUGUUCGAAGCACUGUCUACGUGAGUAUUCGACUACGAAGGAAGAUACAUAUAUUUAUCCGGUACGGAAAAAUGAUUCCCGAAGAUCUGCAACGAUACGAAUCCUCGGGAAUUUAUUCGGAAACUCGAGACAUCGUAAGGUCUGGCCUACGUUUUCGGUCUACAUUGCUGGCUGUAACGCGAUAUACAUCUGAUAUUCGAUCGUUGACUCGUUGAUAUUUCGUUUCGUUUUGCUCGACACCUAUAAAUCCGCACAACGUAUAAAAAAAAAAAACGUACGCAUAUCCAUAGGAACGAUACUUACAGUUAGUCGUAGUUCAUGUAUGUAUAAUACGUAUCUAGAGCUAGAACGUCUAGUAUUUACUGACACGAAUAGAGACGCGUAGGACGUUUUUGAGAGCUGUUUACGCGCAGCUGAUUUUUAUUCGAUUGUCGUCCACUGCGUUACGACGCGAUUCGGCGUUGCGCCAGGGUGGUUUCAGUCUCGCGACGUUCGCGUCGGUUCCACGUUUCAAAUCAUUUUUCUCACCCAGCUCGCCUGAGAGCGACGGGCAUCGGCGUCGAUACGAUGGUUAUUCUUUCGGGGACGAACGUACCUAAUUGUUGAUUGCGCGUUGACAACGGUAGGAGAGAGAGGGAGAGAAUGUGUUCGGUCUUACAGGUAGAGAUCGACAGAUUCAAGCGUUACGACAAUGAACACGACGAACCGUUUCUAUUUCUUACGUAAAGUCACAUUUUUUACGCGCACGUACAUUCUAUGUAUAUAUGUGUACACGCACCGAGGCUCGCGUACACGCGACGACGUCGUACGACGUGAGUGGUGUACGCAUGAUCGAUGCUGAGGAGCCACUGAGUCGACGCUCUCCACCGGAAGUUAAUAAAUAUUACACGACGA